AUGGGAUCGAUCCAGGCGUGGAUUGACAAUACAAAUAAGUAUAUGUACGACAUGAUCAAAAGGGACAUUUUCGAUAGCUACACUGACGUGAUUGAUAGUCUUUUCAACAAAUGUAAUGUAUCAGAAAGAAUCGGCAACUCACCAAUCCGGAUCCUCGACCCUGUUUAUGGAAACAAAAAUUCAAGUUUUAUACAUUACGCGUCGCCUGCAAUAAUAGCACUAUGUGCAUUUUAUCUCCCUGCAAUCUAUACAGGAUCUACGAUUAUUUCUGAAAAAGAAGGAGGAGUUAUUGAGAGAGUAGUCUUAUCAGGAAUGAACUUCAUUGAAAUCGCCUUGGCUCAAGUAUUGGUGCAGACGAUAUUUAUCUUCAUUCAAACCACCCUGGUGAUGAUCGUCAUGUUCGUGGUAUUUGACAAUCCAUUCGUCGGCGACAUAUUUCCAUCGUUUUUGCUAUUAACGAUGAUCGGGUGCGGUGGAAUGUGUUUCGGUUUUUUCACGGCCAUCAUCUGUAGGACGACGACAGAAGCAGCUUUCCUGGGCAUUGGAACUAAUUUCCUGUUGAAAUUUUUAUGUGGACUUAUGUGGCCCACCGAGGGAAUCCACUACCUGUUGCGCAGCAUUAGCAUCUACUUGCCGCUGACGAUGUCCACGGAAAGCCUGAGGUCGCUAACCGCCAAGGGCCUAGGCCUUCAGCAUCCAUCCGUGUACCUUGGGUUCAUGUCGAUCUUCUCUUGGAUACUCAUCUUUACGCUGGUGUCGUUCGUAAUGCUGAAACUCAAACGUGACGUGUGGACGAAGAGUUAA